GUUUGUUUAGCCAGAAGAGUGAGAGAAGAUGAGUCAAACGAGACUUUUUUCUUUAAAGAUGAAUGAUGGAUUCUUCAUGCUUAUGCUGGGAUUGGGCACUUCUGCCCCUCCUCAGGUUGCUAAGAGUGAGGUAGAAAAGGCCAUCAAGAGAGCAAUUGACGUAGGCUACCGCCAUAUUGAUUCAGCUUAUACGUACCAAAAUGAAGAAGAAAUUGGGAGAGCCAUCCAGAUGAAGAUUGCAGAUGGCACUGUGAAGAGGGGUGACUUAUUCUACACUACAAAGUUGUGGAGCACCUUUUUCCAUCCAGAAUUGGUCCAAACUUGCCUGGAAAGCUCACUGAGGAAACUUCAACUGAGCUACGUGGAUCUUUAUCUUAUGCAUUUCCCAAUAGCUAUGAAGCCUGGGGAGGACUUUUUCCCAAAGGACACACAUGGAAACAUCAUUUUUGACACAGUGGAUCUCUGUACCACAUGGGAGGCCCUGGAGAAGUGUAAGGAUGCAGGACUGGCCAAGUCCAUUGGGGUGUCCAACUUUAACUGCAAGCAGCUGGAGAUGAUCCUGAACAAGCCAGGGCUCAAGUACAAGCCCGUCUGCAACCAGGUGGAAUGUCACCCUUACCUCAACCAGAGCAAACUGCUGGAGUUCUGCAAGUCCAAGGACAUUCUCCUUGUUGCAUAUGCUACCUUGGGGUCUGACUUAAGGAAAAAAUGGGUGAAAAAGGACAAUCCAGUUCUCCUGCAGGAUCCAGUACUCAACACCAUUGCUGAAAAGCACAGGCGAACUCCAGCCCAGGUCACCCUGCGCUAUCAGCUGCAGAGAGGGGUGGCUGCUCUGGCCAAGAGCUUCAAUGAGAAGAGGCUCAAGGAGAACUUCCAGGUUUUUGAAUUCCAGUUGACCCCAGAGGAUAUGCAAAGUCUAGAUGGCCUAAACAGAAACAUGCGCUAUUUUGAAGAAGAUUCACUGUCUCAUCAUCCAAAUUAUCCAUUUCAUGUUGAAUAUUAACAGCAGUGUCUGUGGUUGCUCCAGAGUUCUCAGUUUUGGGUUGAUGAUUGGAGGACAUCUCAAGGAUGAGAACGUACCUGCUUCGUUGCAUGUCACUUAGCCUGAUCAGUCGCGAUAUGGCUGGAGUCCCUGGAGCAGGAAAUAAAAAUCUCUAAACCCAGUCUUUUUCCCCCAAAGUAAAUAAAGAUACAUUUCAAACAA